AAUUGAUCGUAACGCAAUCCAAUCCGAGGAAAGUGGACUGAGUUGAUGCUGAGAGAGCAGCUUUUUAUUAUUCCCAUCAAACGAUUUCACAAGUUCUAUAAUACUGUUUUUGUUGUUCGUACCAUAUUCUUAAUUAGGAACAACUUGUGAUCUUUAACAAAAUGUCCUGUGGAUCAUGAGAAGAAAGUUUCUUGUAGUUUACAUGAGUGAGUGAUUAUAGUUAACGAAGCCAUUCGGCAAACUACAAUAUUUAAGACUGAAAAAAAGUGUGAGCGUAGAAAUCGUAUAAAAAAAUGAUGGAUAUCGACACUCCGGACUUUUCCAGUAAGGAUGAGGAAAUCCAAUUUUGGAUGGACCUUGCCCAUCAAAUGUAUCAAAGAAAGGAAGAUGUUGAACGUGAACUGGAGGAAUUCCAAGAAAAUUCACAAAUGUUGGAGAAGGAACUGGAAACGUCCUUGGAGCAGGCAGAAAAAACUAUUCGUGAAUUGCAGCAAAGAAAUUCCAGGUUGGAUAAUGAAAAUGAACAAUUGAGGGUUCGUCAAGAUCAGCAAGCUACUGAUUGUGCCAUGUUUCAAACUCGAGCUCAGGAACUACAAAUUAUUCAAGAACAACAACUCAAAUAUAUCCGUGAAAUAGAGCAAAAAAAUGAUGAUCUUGAAAGAGCACACAGAAUAAGUAAAGCAACAGAAGAGGAAUUCGAGGCGAAAUUUAAUCUCGAAAUAGAAAAAAAUGCACUUCUAGAAUCCGAAUUAGACGAGAAGGAUGGAUUAAAAGUAAUUGUACAGAGACUUAUGGACGAAAUUAGAGAUUUAAAACAAGAAAUACAAGUACAGGAGAGACGACAGCCGGACAAUGAUAAAUCAGCAGCUGAUCGUGUUCGCAAUCACGUUGACAGCAAUAAACUUCAAGUUGAACUUGAGUCGCAUACACCGCCCUCGAGUCCAAUUGUGACACAAAAUUUAACGCCAACCGUCAAUUCAACAACGCCACAAACUAAGAUUGCAAAUGGCGUGGGGGGAGUGAUUGGCAACAACAAUAAUAACAACAUGAAUCCCCCCUUGGCACCGUGCACGAGAAUAUUAGCCAUGAACAUGAUUGGUGACCUCAUGAGAAAAGUUGGGGCAUUGGAGAAUAAAAUAAAUACUUGUCGUAAUGCUUCACGGGAGGAUCAAGCAGUUCGGGAUCUCUACAGGACAAGAAGACAAGUUCGAGGCUUAGCAACAGGCAACAACAAUCAUAUUCGAUUGUAAAGCAACUACGAAAGAAAUGUGAGAUAGAAAUAUUUUUUUUUUCAUAUACAGCAUCUUGUGUUAGGUUUUUUUUCUAUUUUUCAUUUCUAUAGUCAUCACUAAACAAAGGAUAAUUAUUUUACUUGAAAUGACGAUCUUGUAUUAACAAGAAAAAAACUAUACUCUCUAUUUAUCCAUCGUGACUGAAAUUCUCUGCCUAAUGUGUUACAAAAAAUAAUACAAUUUCCCAAUUUUUAUUGUACAAUAAAAGAAUUAAUAU